UAAAUCAAACUUUUGUUAAAGACGGUACGAAUAGAUAUAUACUUCCUAAACGAUCAGUAAGGUAGUGUUAAGAAUCUGUUGAGGAGAUCAAAAUCCGGAUGUUAAGGAAAGAUAGAUGGAGAGAGGGAUGUCAAGGGGGAAGAAGGGGGGAUAAUCGAUGAGAACCAUCGCAAAUCGAGAGUACGUAGACUCGCGACGAAGAACUUCCUCCUUUCAAACUGGUACACAUAGACACCAUAGAUGCAUUCACGUAUAUACAAUUAUGUAUACAGAAGAAAUGCAUGCACACAUACUCAUACGUUCAUUCGUAUAUACAUGAAUGUAUGUAUAGAUACAUUCAUGAAUAGAUACAUAUGCAUACAAACAUACAAAUAUAUGCAUACACACACAGAGGAAGAUAAGAGAAGUUUAUUUGUCGAUGCAAUGGGUGGUUUCUUGUUAAAUGGUCAAGUUACUCCGCCUUUCCGUACGUCCUUGGCGAACUGCCGGUGCAUGGACUCUGAGAAAGGCGAUGAAAAUGGUGCCAGUCACGUGUACCAUGUCGGUGCGAACGCUCGCACCACGUAAGUCGUCUCUUUCCCUCGGCAGAUCUCGAAUAUUUCGAGAAUCCAAGUCGAAGUCGAAGUCGAAGUCGAAGGGAGACGAUCAACCAAACGGAAUCGAAUAACAAGUAUUCUCGUAUGAUUUAUAAAAAGUUGUCUUUAAAAUCAAUGGUUAAUAUAUACGAGAACCAUAAAGUGAUUCAUAAGUGAUCAUGACUCGGCAGGCAAAUUUCUCGAGACGAUUAGUGCUGAUCGUAGCAUUAACUGCAUGCCUGACUAUCGUUCAAUCGAUUAAGGCAAAUGAUGAAAAAAAAGAAGAAGCAAAGAAGGACGUUUUUGGUCAUAGAGAAAGAAGACACCUGGGAGGUGUCGUUGAUGUUUCGUCCGAUCAAAAACAAUUGUCUAAUAAUACACUGUUUAACAACAAUUAUAAUAUCAGCAACAACAAUAACAAGUCACCGAGUAGUAAAAACAACGAAAUAAACUUGGAAAGCGGAAGGAAAGUAUCUCAUAGAUUGAUGGGAGGUCAUUUGCGCGAUGACAGGGUGAAAAAAAGAAAAGAUGAUAAAUUAUUGACGGAUGAUGAUAUGUUAGGAUCGUCGGCUGGUAACGGUAAGGAAACGAAAAAUUCGCGUGGUGAUGAAGACGAUGAAAAAAAAACAUUGUCUCAGCAAGUCAAGGAGGGCAAGUACGGUUUGAUACAAAAUGAAAUUUACGAUGAUAAACCUAGACGACCUGGUAUAAUAAGUUAUCUAGAUAAUCCCGAAGUACCUAAGGACACCAUUGAGAAUCUCGGUGGUCUUGACGAGGACGAAAUAUGGUUUGCGGAAAAUCACGUGCUUGUAUUAAAGGGUGGUAAUUUUGUGGACCGUGGUCAGACCAAUCGACCGAUUAUCAAUCAUUCCGAUGAUAAGGAUAAACAAAAAUGGAAACCUAUUGAUAAUUAUCAAGCACCGAGAAGACAAGUUAAAAUACCAGACAAACCUAAAGUACCACCACCGUUUCCGGUACAACUGAAGGACGGAGGACCGAUACAAAUUAUUGGAAUUAAUGGUAGUAGCAAGGAAAUUGAAAAUGCUACCUUGGAUCGUACCAUGGAUCCUUUUUAUGGAAAAGGUAUUUUACCUGGUGAUGGUCCGUUCUUUACGGUAACUUCGAACGGUACUAUCGUAGUACCAGAUUUUAAUUAUUCGGAUAAUUCUACGAACGAUGAGGAUGUUCAAGGACCUAACAAUGUACCAAAUGACAAAUCUGAAGAACCACCUGUUUUUUAUCACGCUAUACCACCUGGUGCUGUUUUCGUACCACCACCUAGUAAUCGAACCGAUUACGACGACGAGGAUCAAUCCAUCUAUUAUCCACCACCUUACAGUUUCUAUUAUCCGCAGGAUAAUACAACGGCAGUACCACCUGGUCCUUUAGUACCUGGUAUCAUUUUACCACCACCGCCAGAUUUCUUUUCGCCGCUGGAAGAAAAGAAAAUAACAACAACGACUACAAAGAAGUAUAGUAAACGUCCUAAUACAUCAAUGCUACCUAAAUCAAGACCCACUUAUCUUCCACCGAGAAAACUUACUACGAGAAUACAAUGGGAAAGUACAACAACAACAACAACAACUACCGUGCCAAAAAUAAGUACAACCCAAUUGUCACGUACGAGAACUUAUGUUACAACGAUGUUAAAAAAUGUAACUGGAAAACCUGUAACAAGAAUUCGUCCUAAUAACGUAUCACCAUCUUACGUACAAGUUACGACGAAUAAACCAUCGUCUGUUCAGAGAAAUACUAAAUAUUAUACAAAUAGUCGUCCAUUGAUAGAAAAUAAAAUGACCGAAACUAAUACGGAAAAUAAUAUUCAGACGUGGUCCAGAUCUACAAAUGGUAAAUCUAUUCCAGUAGUGACUUAUUAUGCUACAACAACCCCUUCUUCCAUCGAAAAAUCCGUGGAAGUGACACCGGCUUCUAUCAAGAACGUUAUAACGACCGUUCAACCGGGACAACAAUUACCUAACAGAGCAUCUUAUUAUUUCUACGAAGAAUCUGACGAUGGUAAUGUCGCUAGUACCGUAGAAUCUGCUCCAGUUUAUCAUCAAACUACUACGGAAUCUCCAUAUUACAAAAUCGAAUCACUUUCUCAACAACCGAGAGAAGAGAAACCAUAUUAUAGCAUUGAAACCAAUUCACCGAAGGACACUUCCAGAGAUUACAACGUUAAACUGAUAGAUACUUCAGUUGAUAAUCCUCAAGUCUAUCAAUACCGAGGUUCUGAAGAUUCAUCGACAUCAACGAAAUAUGAUUCAACGUUGAACAGAGGACAAAAUGAACAAAUGUUGGCAGAUCGAGGUCAAAUUUAUUAUCAAACGAUAACAGCAACUCAACCCCCUGUAACGUUACAACGAUCCUAUUACACUACCCCAUCGUCUCCAAUAUAUUAUAAAGAAUCGGAAGAACGAAUAGAAAUUGAUAAGAGACAAAAAAUCAAAUCUAAACCAAUUUAUCAAUACAGUUUCGAAAUAGCUGAUUAUUCUAAAAGAGGUCAAAACCAAAGACCUUAUUACACCCAACAAAACGAACAAGUAACGUAUGAUUAUCAGACUGUCAAAUCAAACGAUUAUCGAUACGAUUAUGACACCGAUCAAAGGAACACCGAACGUACGAACAAUGUACCCUACAAAAUUCAAAGUCCCAUUUAUCCUUCCACAACUGGUAGGCCAAUAAUAAACGUUACACCUAAUCCUCAACACGCAUAUUUCACGCGACAAGAGGAAAGACUUUUGGACGAUGUCACGAAAGAAUAUUUUACGAUAUUUGGUAAGAAAAUUGGUGGAAAGGAUAUACCGAGUACUACACCAAUUUACAAUAAGGCCAAUCAGGUUACCGAGAAACCUGAUUACGAGGUUAAUACUUACGUAUCAAAUAAUUAUAAUGUACCACCACCACCGGAACCUAUUUAUACAGAUCCUGUAUAUUACGAUCAAGAAGUACAACCACCACCACCGAAUUUAGCAAGCGAUACUCAAGUUAAUUAUCGUCGACCAUUACCACCUAUUAAUCCAGACAGCGAAUUGGUCGAGGUGUUUGAUCCUAAACAACGUGGUCAACCUCGACAACAACAGUCACAACGAUUACAACAACAACAGCAACAGCAACAGCAACAGCAACAGCAACAGCAACAACGACUACAACAACCAUUAAUUCCCCUUCACAGUGAUAUACUAGUUAAUUAUCGUAAUCCACGUCCACCGAUUAAUCCUGACGCUGAAUUUAUUAAUCCUAUUUCUAUUUCCAAUCAAGGUACCAUUAAUUCCGACAAAAGUAGUGCGUAUUUUGCUUAUAGAUUUCCAGGUGACGGUGGUCAUUUUUAUUUUCUUACACCUCAAGCAAUUAGACAAGAACAAACUAGAGAAGAUAUUGGUGCUGAUGAUGAUGAUGAUGGUGGUGGUGGUGGUUAUUAUUAUCCAAAACCGAGAGGUCCGAAAUUUUUACGACGUAGAAGAAAUCCUGGCAAAUCAUAAAAAGAGAGUUUCCACUUAUCGUUUUAGUUAAAAAUUCCCUACAGGCAGUUGUCCCCGAUGCCAUAUGUAUUAGAAUGUUAUUAUAGUGCCGAGAAGAUAUGUGUGUCAUAAUUGUAAGAUCGAAACUUUCGGAAUAUUUAUUUGAUGUAUUUGUAAAUAUCAGCAUGUAUUUAAAUGUUAAGAUUAGUUUGUUAGGCAUAUUAAAAUAUUAAGUUAUGCAAUUUAGAAUUUAGUUAAACACUUUUUCCUUACUUCCAUUAAUAUUUGACACGGAUUAACGAAAAUCUAUUACCCGUGCGAAACUCUGAGUACAUUGAAUGCUAAUAAAUUUGGCCAAAAUGUACUUGCGCAUUGUCUGUGAUUGCAAUGUAUACUUAUAAUAUGUAUUUAGAUCGUUAUAUGUGUACGUUACGAUAUUUAAUUAACGGGACAGAUUAGUUUUUCCUUGAUAUCAUAAUUAUUACUAUUAUACGAGCUAUUCAAUAAUUGUUGGUUUUUCUUUUUCUUUUUUUAUAAAUAUAUA